AUGAAACGAACAUCCUCCACCAAAGAAUACGAUGACGGCUCUGACUCUGACUAUUACCGCUACACUGGUGGACGUUGGUUGUUUAACGAGGCUCAGCAGCUUGCGGCUCGCUAUGUCCGGUUCGACAUAAGCUCAUUAGUAGCUAUCGCUGCAAGAUGCCUCGGCCAGGAGUCUGCAUCAUGCAUCAGAAUUGAGAAGCUGCCGGAAGGGAACUUUAAUAAGAGUCUUCUCCUUACUAUGGCCAAUGGAUCCCAAGUCGUCGCGCGGGUUCCUAAUCCCAACUCUGGUAUUCCACACUACACAACCGCCAGUGAAGUCGCGACGAUGGAUUUUGUGAGAAAUAAGCUUGGAAUGCCAGUCCCGAAGGUGCUCGCUUGGAGCUCACGCGCAUCAGACAAUCCAGUCAGGGCAGAGUACAUCAUUAUGGAGAAAGUGACUGGCUCUUCUCUUGCACACGUCUGGCCACAGUUAAGCAAUGAACAAAAGAGGGAUAUUAUCCAGGCCAUUGUUAAGUUCGAUGUUAAUCUAGUGAACCACCCCCUUGGUGGCAUUGGUUCUCUGUACUAUCCCAACGAUAUCCCAAGUGGGAUCAAGCGCCUACCAGCUCUGGGCUCUAAGGAUAGUUGUCAACGCUGGGUCCUCGGACCUACCACUGAUCGACGCUUUUUUGAUGAUGGAAGAGGAGAGCUCUGUUUGGACCGGGGCCCUUGGAACACUGCACAAGAGUACAUAACAGCAAUCUGUUAUCGGGAGAUGGAGGCCAUCCGGAACGCAAGGCGGCCCCUCCGACCUGAAGGAAUUGUUGGCCCUGGGGGGUAUCAACCUGAUUGUGCUCUCAAGCUUUCGGUGUGCCACGACGUUCUAAAGGUUGUCGAUCAUAUCCUGCCGCAUGGUGACUGUCAAGCGCCUGUUCUGUGGCACAAGGACUUAAAUCUCGACAACAUCUUCGUGGACCCGGAAAGGCCCACGGAGAUUGUGGGACUGAUUGACUGGCAGAAUGCCCAUGUCGCGCCCCUAUUUGAUCAGGUCACGCACCCUGCUUUUCUGGACUACAAUGGACCGAAGCCCGAAGGUCUCAAGGCCCCUACGCUACCGGAUAACUUUGAAGAGCUUGAUGAUGAUGCAAAGAAACAUGCAAAGAACUUGCUUGUCAAUCAGACCCUAUACAAAUACUACGAUCUUUACUCCGCUGCUCUGAAUGUGCCUGCCUAUCGUGCUUUGAGAUAUCAGGAGACGCUGCAGGGAGAAAUUGUCACCCUUGUUGGCAUGAUCUUGAACGAUGGAGAACCCGCCCUACAAGGACUCCUGAUGAAACUCGCCAGCACAUGGGAUCAACUUAUCAGCAGCAAGGGAGGCCCUCCGUGCCCUCUAGUGUACUCCGCAGCAGACAUCGAGCGCCAGCAGGAAUUAGAGAGAAAGUGGGUAGACGGGAUAAAACUAAUGGACGAUGUAUUAGAAUCAUUAGGCGGAGCCGUUCGCGGAUGGGACGGUUGGGUGAGUCAUGAGGAUUAUGAGGCCCUCAAGCAAAAACUUGCUGUUGUUCGAGAACAGUUCAUUGAGCAUUUUGCUGGCGAUAAUAAAGACGCGGCUGAGGCGUGGGCAUCAGCAUGGCCUUUUCAAUAA